CAACAGAACCUCAAGAAGCUCUUGCAAUGGCAACGCCGAAUGGGUAGCCAAGGCCUGCGAAACCAUGGUACAGAUUGCAACUUCCAUGUUUGCAGCGCUUCCGAUAGCAACUGCUUGAGAGAGUAAUCCCGGUCCCGGUCUUGGUCUUACUUUGCAGCCGUAGGGACAUCCUCGAAUAUCCUGUCAUCUCUGUCCCAACUCUUUCGGUGGCUACUCCCAUCUUCCUUCAUCAUGGAUCUGGUCAUGGUAACACAAACGAUUGAUGGCGAGUCAGUGCAGACGCCUAUGACUCCCUAUCAGCUCCUGCGUGCCCAGCAAGCAAGAGAAGAGCAAGCAAGAGUGGCCGCUUUGGCCAAGAUGAAUCCCCCACGGAGCGAUGCCGCAAAGUCCAUACCCUUGGGCGUUAUGUCGCGAACACUCCUUUCCAGCUCCUACAUCAAGAUGAUGCUCCCAGCCAAGAUUCGUCACAAGAACCUAAAUGAUGUUGUUUUUGUUGGGGAGGACUUCGUCCACUUGAAGCAAGCAACUGCCAAUGGGACCCUUCGCCAUAUCGCCACCAAAUCGGAUUUUGGAGGCAAGAUACUAGCCGCCAGAGUGUUUGGCAGCCCACAAAAGACUCACCAGAAUGCGCAUGCCGGGACCCCCAUCAAGAGGAAGGAUGUCCGUGCCCAUCGCAGGUCUACCGCCGGCGAAGACUCAGAACAACUUCCACCAGAGAUGUUGGUCCUGACGCUUGACACGAAAUCACUGAUAUUUCUAUGGGCGUGUCCAACGUCCAAUGGGCAUAUCAAGUUCCACCACAGAACAUUGCGACUCCCCGGCGGAAAAUCACGCAUUGAACGACCCGGCCCUUUCCUCGCGGUGGCUCCGAAUUUUCGAGCGAUAGCGAUCGCGGCCCUAGAAGGACAGUUUGUAUUUUGCAAGACGCAAACAUUGGUUGCAUGGCGAGAACACAUGCGUGAAUAUGUGGACGCGAACUCGACUCCGGUGGCGGAGGAAAUCACUAUCCCUACCAAUGGACGUAUUAUCCAUAUGGAUUUCCUCGCACCCAGCGCUGAACAAGAGGACCCGCAUGUCAUUGCCAUCCUUGUAAUAGCGCAUUCUGGGAGGACGAAAAUAACCUGUUACGAUUGGGUCGCCGAUCACGAACCAAGCAGCCCAACGCUCCGUGCCGAGCGAGUAAAUAUUGAUACUGAGGACAACAAUCCAUCCUUACUUGUACCUCUCAGACGCAGCCCGGCUUUCCUUCUGGUUUUCAAUGGGCACAUAUCGGCCUAUGGAAACAUAUUAUCUGGAACGAGCCAGUGUUACCGGACUCAGAUUCCACCAGAGAUGCUUGCGCCUGUUCUCCCAGGGGACAGCAAUAGCAGCCCGAUCUGGGUACAAUGGGAGAGCGCCGAACGUAAUAACGAAUAUCCCAAGGAAGCUUUUUAUAUCGCCCGGGAGGAUGGCAAGGUUCUGUACGUUGAGGUUGGGCGGUCGAUGACACUGGAAAUAUCUGAUGCGGGGUCAUUGCCGCAAACGAUAGAUAGGGCGUUCGCAAGCCUACAAGUGGACUCGGACACUUUGAACAGACUACAACCUGAUAUAUUCGCCGCCCCAGGGGUCUCAAGCGAUGGCUAUGUCUCAAAGCUUGGAUCGUGGGUCUCGGGAGGCGUCAACCUACCUCAUGAAGCAAGUUAUAGCUUCGAAACCCUUGAGAAGAUACCCAACUGGGCACCUACAAUGGACCUGACAACGAUGCCAACGAGACGAACCAUGUCUUUGCCGCGCACUAUGUGGUCGCAAUCUUCAGCAUCGGCAAACCCCUCGGCGUCCACAGAAUCCACGUCGCGGCGUAGUAUACUCCUCGGCCACGGUAGGGCACCGUACGGUUCCAUUACGGAGGUUCGGCGAGGUAUCGAAGCAAAGAUCGACACACACUGUCAAGGGAUGAAAGGCUGCAACGGGUUGUGGAUCAUCGAUCAUGGGUCCGAAGAAACCUUGGUAGAAGAGGAAUCCGUGGUGCAGCAGUACGCCUCCAUCCUGUGCAGUUUUCCGCACGAAAGUCUGGCCCUUCGCGUUACAUAUUUGGACGGAGUCUACAGCAUUCAAGAUAUCGCCAAUGAGAACGAGAUUGAUGCAGACGGCCUAUCACGACAUGAAACGCUACAUUUAAGCAUAAUCUCUGAUUUGUUCAUGGUACAGGUAAUCCAUGGAGAAGCGAGAGUAAUCAGCCGCGCUGGUUUGGUGUUGCUUGAUCGUCUCGCCCUUGAUGGUGCUGCUCUGGUCGCGGCUGCUCAUCCCCAGCUACGUCAGUUGGCCAUCGCGUAUAGGGGCACUGAAUCUUUUGCUCUGGAAACCGUCGAGCUACUCGAAGCAGGGAAGUUUGGAGUGAGACACCGCUAUGGACUUCCAUCUGACCCGACCUGUGUUGAGGUCCUGGACGUUGAAGGAGUGCCGCAUGUGUUGGUCGGCACUACGGAUUCCUCCAUACGUAUGAUCAGAAUCUCACAAACAGGCUUAGAACCAGUUCUUCAUUGCGACUUGAAUAGAUUGCAAGGGCCACAAUACAUAGCCGCUGUUUGCGAGAGUGCUGUUAUGCUUCGUUACUCGGAGAAGCAUGUCUUACUCUGCGGUCUCCGCGAUGGGUCACUGGCAAGUUUCGCCCUCCGAACACAGACAGCUGAGCUCAGCAUCGAUCUCAUGAACCGUAUUACUCUGGGAACCUCUUCGGUCCGGUUAUGGCCCUGUAUAACCAACCCCUCUGUCGCCUUUGCCUCUUGUGGGGCAGACUUCGUCCAAGUACAUCACAGAACCCCGAACUCCUCUCUCCCUAUUAUCGACUCCAUUUGGUUCACCGACAUAAAUAAUGAAUGUUAUCAGCAGCAGGAAAUAAUGGCUUUUGGUCAGCUUCCGCUGCGCUGGCAGCAAGAUGAUGCAGAUCAGGAUCUUGCCAGCCUUAUCUUCACUGUUUCUGGCGACAACUUGCUUUUGUCCCGCAUCGAGUGCGAGACAGGAUACAAAGUACCGCUGCCACAGGGGCCUCAAGCAGUUCCGAGAAAAUGGACGAUUGGUGCCACACCUUCCACAGUGACUUUCUCCGAGCGCUUGCAGCGUAUUCUUGUCUCCGUUUCCGAGCCGCGAGAGGUUCAAGUGCCUCCCGACGGGUAUCGCACCAUCAACACGGGAUUACAGGUCGUUAAACUCGACGAUGAAGGAGGUGCGACUGAGGAUAUAGGCGACCUUACGCCUCGACUUGAAACCCUCGUCUCCGAAGAAGGCAGUCUGCGGCCUUAUGAGCGGAUCUGCUCCAUUGUAGAAUGGAUUGCGAAAAAUAAAAUGGGCCAUCCUUAUCACCACGUUGUCGUUGGCACAGCUCAUCAGGAAUACGGCAAGCCAGUACGCGGGCGUAUAAUGCACUACCAGAUUGUGCAGAACAAACUGGUACGGAAACGAAGGACUUCAUGGUACCCUGGCGCGAUUCGGUCAAUAUCACUGUUCAGUCCGAACGUUUUCAUCUAUGGCUAUGGCAAGAUCGUCGUAGUGGACGAAUACUCCAUAGCAGAAAAUGAUUUCAUUCGGCUCGCCGAGUCAACCUUAAAAUCGGACGUCGUGUCCAUCAGCUGUCAACCUCCCUGGGUCUACGUCUCGACAGCCGCACACUCCUUAUCUUGUUACGAGUUUAAGGAACUAUCUUCCAAUGUGGCAACCUUAAGCGGCCGAGACGGGAUACUCAUUCCAGUGUAUACCGAAAGCCGUACCCGGCUCUUGACGCAUCACACUCAUAUUGCAAAUGCAAUUCCCGACAACGAGAUAACCUCGUUGCAUGAGUCCACAUCUGAGGCUAUCGAUAAUACAAGAGGAAAAGAAGCAGAGGACCACAGUGACGAAACCGUGGAAACGCGGUCCAACCAAGGCCGCACCCUCAUCCUGCUAGCAGACAAGGUCUGCACAGUAAGCGGCGUCCUCCAUCCGGCCUUUCGCAGUUACCCUUCAGAAGAGGACUAUGGACAACGGAUUCCCGCUUUGUUUGAAGCCCAUCUCUCACGAUCAGUGAUCCGCCUUCAACAAGACGCAUUCCGGACGCCGUGGGCCCGACCCUCAACCGGUCCCGCAAAGGGCGUCCUCAUCGACGACGUCGUCGGCGUCUGCACAGACGGUACCAUAUACAACUUCAGCAUCUUGAGCGCCGAGGCUACGCUCCUACUUCGCUACAUCCAGAACUUGAUUCGUGCCCAGGAACACCGCUGCAUGACGAAGAGGUCGCGCCCCAGAGAGUCCGAUCUCAAGAGAAGAGUCCUGUUCAUGGGAGGCUUUCUGCCGAAGCAGGGUUCUGGAUCUAAUCCGGCGGGUGAUGAUGACAAUAUCAUCACGCCUUUGAUGAUUGAUCCCUUGGAAGGACUGCCGGCGCCGAAGAAGUGGCAUGUUGAUGCGGAUGUUUUGGUGAGGUAUUUGGAUGGGGAUAUCAAUUAUGUGCCUUUUGAUGAGGAGAAUGCGCUUUUCGUGCUGCUGACUACGGAGACUUCGGAGGGAGUGUGGAGGCAGUUUAGCGAGUUGGCGGGGUUUCUGCGCCUUGCUGGGGAGGAAGGACGAAGGGGUCCUGAGGGUUUGGUUGGAGGAGGGGAGGAGGAUAGGAGACGGUUUGCGAGGAGCGUGCAGGAUUGGGUCAGGGAUGUUACUAGGGAGAUGCUGUGAGGGGUGUGCGGUAUUGAUAGGGUGCCGAUUCGUUAGCGGGGGUAUGCGGAUUGUCCAUUACUAGGGGUAGGAAGUAUCAAGAUCGUUACGGGUUUGCGUAUUUGUUUCCGGGUGUUUCAUAGUAUGUUUCAUGGUAGG